GUCGGAGGUGUGCGGUGAGUCCCCUGUGUCCGUCCCGUCUGUCCGCCCAUGGGGACACGAUGCUGCGGCAGCACUACGAUCGGCUGCUGGCCCAACUGCAGUGCGCACAGCAGCUGCUGGAGCAGGACGGCCGGCUGGUGGAAGACUUCAUCCGCGUUGUGCACAGCUUUGAGGCCAUGCGCCAGCAGUGCUGCCAGGUGGAGAAAGAGGGGCAGCAUGCACGGGAGCAGCUGGCACGUUCUGAGGCCGAGCGGGAGGCGCUGGAGGUGAAGCUGAAACACGCCCGCAAACAGGUGGAGGUGGAGAUGAAGAAGCGGCUCCGUGCAGAGGCUGAGCUGGAGAAGCAGGACCGCAGGGUGCAGCUGGUCUUUGAGCUGCUGCUGCAGGAGCCAUGGGGCAGUGGGGAGCAGUGCUCCAUUCUCCGUGCCCUGGCUGGAUGGUGUCAGAGGUCAAUCCUGGCAGCAGGCAGGAGGUCACCUGUGGUGGAUGAGUCGUGCCAGUCCCUCCUGUCUCACUCAGACAUCAGCUAUGACCACACUGAGGAUGAUGUGGAUGUUGACAUGACGGUGGUGCGGGCUCUGAAGCGCAAGGCCCAGGAGAGACAGCGCCUGUCACUGGCCCCUCAGGUUGGCCCUGCGGUUGUGGCGAAACGGCACCGUUCUUCUGUGGCACCCUCCAGCACUGAGAGCAUCCCCUUUGCACCACGUCCUGCUGAGGUCCUGGAUUGUGCCCGCAGCCCAUCACCUCCUGUGCUGUUGCCACGCCGCUGCUCACGCCAGGGACGUCGCAGCUCCACGCAUGCAGAGCUGACUACAGCACAGAGCACCAACAAGAACCAGGACAGCCGUGCUUUAGCACAGGAGAGCCAGGCUGAGGGUGGCUCUGUGGUGCAGCCAGCGCCGUGUCCCCCUCGCUCCCCUCCACCUUGCCUCCCAUCCCCCCAGCACCACUUCUCCUCCAAAAUGGUCAUCCGCAUGGAGCCCUGUGGUGCCUGUGGCUCCCGCCUGCGCUUUGGAAGGGCUGCGCUCAGGUGCCGCCAGUGCCAACUGCUGCUGCACCCCAAGUGCCGGGAGCGCUGCCCCAGGCCCUGCACUGCUCAGCCUCGUCCACAGCCCUGGCCCCGAGAGGGUGUGCUGGCUGACUUUGCCCCCCAGACCGCCCCGCUGGUCCCUGCGCUGGUGGUGCAGUGUGUGACUGAGGUGGAGACGCGAGGCCUGGCCGAGGCCGGGCUGUACCGGGUGCCGGGAGCAGAGCCGCUGGUGCGAGAGUGGAAGCGACGGAUGCUGCACGGCGGGGAGAGCCCGAGCGGCGUGUCUGACAUCCACGUGGUGUGCGGUGUGCUCAAGGACUUCCUGCGGGGCCUCAAGGAGCCGCUGGUCACCUUCAGUCUGCACGCAGCCUUCCUGCAGGCUGCUGACAUCCCCGAUGAGGCUGCCUGCAGCACGGCCCUGCAGCACCUGGUGGGCAAGCUGCCUGCCGCCAACAGGGACACGCUGGCCUUCCUCAUGCUGCACCUGCUCAGGGUGUCACGCAGCCCUCACUGCAAGAUGGACGUCCUCAACCUGUCCCGUGUCUUUGGCCCCACUCUGGUGGGGCACAGCUCCGCCAACCCCGCGCCACUCACCAUCCUGGAGGACGCACCACGGCAGUGCAAGGUGAGCAGGACUCAGGCUGCAGGUGCUGCCACAGUGCUACCAUCCCCUCCUCCAGCCUCCAUUCUUCCCUCUGUGCAGGUGGUGGCUCGGCUCCUGGCGCUGCCAUCUGACUUUUGGAGGGGCUUUGUGGGGUCAGAACAAGAGAAACCAGGGACAACACCAGAACCAAGCAGCAAAUGUGAGCCACUGUUUCGCCCCAUUUCCAUCCCAGAGCUACUUGCAGGGCAGCUGAGCCCCACCAGGACGUGCUGCCUGCCUGAUGCCCUGCGGAGCUGCGUGGGCACAGCCGCCCAGUCACAGCAGAGGGCAGCCCCUGGGAAGGUGCGGUUCUUCCCCCCUCUAGUGUAGCCAUGGCUCCCUGGGGUGGAGCUGGCACCCAAGUAAUGAGGGGGAAGAGAAAGAGGAAGAUGGCGUGGGCCUGUGGUGCUCAGCUUCCCUGUAGCUUUGGGUUAGUACAAAGAUUAUGCCCCAUACUGGUGGUUGGUUUAUAUUAAAUGUUUGCAGCAAAACUGGCCUUGGGUAUAAGUGGUAUUACAGCAGGAUUGCUCCAGGGCUUGUGGGCAGGAUUGUGUGGGGCUGGGGACUCAGUGGGCAAGAGCUGUGCUGAAAGCACUGGACACAGUGGUCCUCAGCAUUCUGUUUCUGCAGGGGUAAGGCAGCCGCCAUCACUCCUGGGCUGGGUAGGCAGGGAGGGAAAGGCAGGGCCCCCUGCAGCCCCUCUACUGAGGGGCCCCAGUAAUCAGAGCAGCUGCUAGGGGCAGGACAGCCCCAGGACUUCCCACCUUCCUGGCCCCUUUUAACUCCUUCCUCCCCUCCAGCAGAGCUGCAGCGUGCAGCAAAGGUGUGCAAGGCUCUACUCGCAGCAGAACAGGUAGAUGGGCAAUGGCCCAGGCAGGGCUUGUUUUUUUUCCCCCCAUCUGCCCCCUAUAAUGUAGCACAAGGAACAAGCAGUAAAGGAGAACUUAGGGGAAAAGGAUCCUUGCACAACAGGGCAGCUGAGAAACCUUUGUCCAUACUAAAACCCAGGGCAAAUAUGGAACACAGGAAAAACUUCCAAAGUGAGCAAGUACUUUGGCUCAGCUCCCCCUCAAUGCAGGGGUGUUCACCAGAGGGCAAGGAAAUUAGCACAUCCAAGGCAGAGGCAAAACUGAAAGAGUUUAAUGUGCUUAAAGUCAGGGAACAGCUAAUCCCCACCCAGGACCGCAGCAGAACUGGCAAAGGAAUGCACAAGGCUGGGAGCAAGGAUUUGCUGCAAAUCCAUCCAGCUGGGGUGGUACGGGAUGGAUGGAGAAUCCCUAAUGCAGUGCCUGGUGGGAAGUGAGGCGUGAUGUGCCCUCGGCAGCACGCGGGGCUUUAGCACAGAGCUGCAUGACAUGGAGGGAAGGCAGGGAGAUAAGUGGAUAAAGGGCAGCACCGCUUUCUGCUGCGUGCCAGGAUCAGCAAUGAGCUGCCUUCAAUAAAAACAGGUUUUACAAGCCGCA